GACUCAGUGGAACACCUACAGAAGUGACACUGUUCUACCACUAUGAAGAAAAGCAGUGUUGCCUUGCUUUUGGGUAUCAUCUUCCUGACUCUGAUUGGAGUUCAAGGAACCCUACUAAUGAGGAAUGGACGUUGUUCCUGCAUCAACACCAGCCAAAGGAUGAUCCAUUUAAAAUCCUUAAGGGAUCUUAAACAAUUCGCCCCAAGCCCUUCUUGUGAGAAAAUGGAAGUCAUUGCUACAAUGAAGAAUGGGGAUCAAACAUGUCUAAACCCAGAUUCACCAGAUGUGAAAAAAUUGAUUAAAGAGUGGGAGAAACAGGUCAGCCUAAAGAAAAAGCAAAAGAAAGGGAAAAAACAUCCAAAAACCAAGAAAGUUCGAAAAGUUAAAAAAUCUCAACGUCCUGAUCAAAAGAAGAUGACAUGAGGGACCAUGUUACCAACAAGUAUUCUG